GCAAGACCACACAUUCCACUCAGCCUUGUAGAUUAACCAGCCCGUCAAACAGCAGCUAAGCAUCACUGAGUAGAUAAGGUAUACAAAGCAGAAAGCCAUGCAGUAACGAACUUCACAGACAGAACCUAGAAACGUAAUGGCAAGUGAUAAGACUCGCUAAGUAGAAGAGAAGAUGCCUCGCACCAUGAUACUUUUAUUAAAGGCGCCAGUAUCCUUCCGUGAACACCAUCUGCUUUUGAUUGGUUUCCUUGGCAUCUGUAUUAUUAAUAGUUUUGCAAGCAGUCAGAAGAACCACACUUUAAUUUUCACCAGGGAAAGCACAAUUCGCAACUGCAGCUGUUCUACUGAUAUCCGUGAUUGCGAUUACAGCCUGGCAAACUUGAUGUGCAACUGCAAAACCGUUUUGCCUUAUACAAUAGACAGAGCCAGCUACAACAGGGACCUGACAGUUUGGUUCACAGAUACCUCCAUGCUGGGAAUGCUGUUGAACUUUACCGUGGUGCAUGACCUGAAGCUUUCCCUCUGUGGCACCACUCCACUGCCAGCAGAAUACUUGGCCAUUUGGGGAUUGCAAAAGUUGCGAAUAAACAGUGAGGUCAAGGGCCAAUUUCCUGAGCAAACUUUAACCAUCUACAAUAACAGUGACCAUGAAAUGAGAGAUGAACUGCAGGUGCUACACAAAGAUAGGCACAUGUUUUUGUAUAUUUCUGUCUUGGAUACAUCUCUUUUCAACGGGUACUCUUUACUGAAGUCCUACAGUGUGGAAAAUGUCUCCAGCAUUACAAAGCAUUUUCCGUGUUUGUCAUACUCAGAUAUGUUCUCAGUCACAAAUAACAAAAGUUAUGUUGUAACAUUCAUUUACUGAGACAAAUUUAGCAGCUUAAACAACAAAGCCAGAGGACCAGUUAAUCUGACAAUAAGACAACAUAUGGGAUUUCUGUAUGUUUGCUCCGUUUGGCCCAAAAGAGAACCUAUAUGUUGGGUUCAUUCUAUCCGUGAUUCUAGUGAUGAUGUUCUCAAAGGUGCGAUUCAAGGUGACUUGAAUACAGAGAACUAAUUCUGCAAAUUGUUUUUUAGAGAACAAAGAAAAUGUGAAACAAUCAACAUUAGAUAUGAUAUAAUAGCAGGUUUUUUCAAAGUGUCUUAAAUACUGAAGAUUGAAACAUUGAUUAAUUUUGUUAUGAGAUAUGCCUUACUUGGGCAUAUAAUAUGUACCUCUGGAUACAGAACUACCUGAUGUAUGCAAUUUGCUUUUACAUAUUUUGCUAGAUAUUCUGCAGUAAAUAUAUGGAAAAUGUACCAGUUGCGUGGAUGGUUAUUAUUUAAGUAAUGUGGAGAGCACUCGGUGAAUUUGGCCUAGCAGGGAGAGCAUUGGGCUGGGACUCAGGAGACCAAAAUCCUGUUCCUAGUUCUGCCACUAGCCUGUUCAAUGACCACUUCCUGUCCUGUGCCUCAGUCUCUCCAUCUGUAAAAUAUGGAUAAUUAUGCUGAUUUCCUUGUGAAGCACUCUGAAAUUUACUGAUGAAUGGCCUAAUAUAAGCAGUGUGUAUUAUUAAGUAUAUGUAUUGAACUUUUUAAAAUAAAGUAGUUUCAUUGUG